CCACAACCAACGUAGACCUCACUUAAUUCCUCCACACGCAACAAUCAAGCUUCAUUUGUUUUUCCUCUUGUCGCACCAAAGCUAAGGUUGGUUUCUUAUUGUUUGUACUUUGUUACUACUGUAAUUCACUCGAUCAACUUCUUGGCAGCAUUUAAUCUCACCAGAGCUAAGCUAAGGUUGGUUGUUUUACUCGUUAUACGAUUGUCUUGAUUCUUUUCUUGAUUCGCAGCGCUCUAAUCUAGUAAUCUCCACGACAACGUAACCAUGAAUAACGUUGAAGAUCCAUCCCAACUUUGUGCUAAAGGUUGUGGAUUCUUCGCAAGCCCAUCACUUCGAAACAUGUGUUCUUCAUGUUACUGUGAUUACCUUAAGGAAACUCUUCUCAAAAUGGAGCGUAAAUCAUCCCAUAACGACAGCAAGCAGCAAAGUGUUGUUGAUUCCAGUGACAAGAAAGAUGCAAAUACUACUACUGCUACUAGUACGUGUACACGGUGUGACUUAUGCAAGAGACGGGUUGGAUUAAUGGGGUUCAAGUGCCGGUGUGGCGGCAUCUAUUGUGGGUCGCACCGCUAUGGCAAUGAGCACUCUUGUGCCAUCGAUAACAUUCGCAAGGCGCUUCAACGCGAGGCUCUCUCCAAACAGUUGAACUCUGCUACGUGCAAGGCUGACAAACUUAACUGCAGGAUUUGAACUC